AUGCCGAUCAGCUGGACGGGCUACAACCACAAGGACUUCGUGAAGCGCCACGAACAUGAACUGGAGAUGCCAUGGGUCGAUGUGGCCAUUGUCAAGUACCUCAGUAUGCAGCGUGUACAGUUCGUAUGUGACCCAAUUGGCACCUUCAGGGAUGAGAGUGAGACCUUCUUCGUGUCAACGUGUGCCGACAAAGGCGAUUUGUUUGAGUGGAGCCAGACCGGCCCAUUGCCUGGCUUGGAGCGUGAGAACUUCCUCAGACCGUUGGUCCGACAGUUGUGCGACGCGAUACGGUGCUUGCACAGCUUGGACAUCGCCCACUGCGACCUCUCUUUGGAGAACAUCCUCUUGAUGACCACGGGAGAUGGUUCGCUGCAAGUCAAGUUGAUCGAUUUCGGUAUGGCCGCGGUGAAGCAAUCAACUUUGGUGGGUGCUCGCGGGAAGCCCUCGUACCAAGCACCGGAGAUGCAUGUGGAAGCCUAUGAUCCCAUGGUGUCGGAUGCCUUUGCAUUGGGCGUGGUGAUCUUUGGGAUGGUGGCACAGGACUACCCAUGGCUUUCCACCAAGCCGGGCGGGUGCAAAUGCUUCCAGUUCGCCAGCAAGCAAGGCCUCCGUGCCUACUUGCAGAAGAGGAAGGCUCGCCACUCGGUUGGAAGACAGACCAGACCCGCAGGUGGGAGGGUUGUCCCGAAGCACCGCAACGCGAAAAGGCCCCAAAGGCCCGAAGUCUUGGGAAGGCCCGGGCGUCAGACUGGAAGUUGA